CUGACCCGGGAAUGGUUGAAAAACCAUUACUGCCUAGUGCCAUGAGUUUGAUAUGUUACAAGUGGAGGUGGAGAAAGCACGAAAAAGAAGCGAGUGCACAAGCAAUUAAUUGGGCCCAAAUCACUUUGUCUCGGGGAGGAGACGCAAUUGGUCCAGGAAGAGGAGUGAGACAUUAUAUUUUUGGGCUGAGGAAUUAUAUUUUUGGGCCCGAGAGACUAUUUUUGGGGUGAGUCAACGAGGGCUCGGUGGCUAUUAUUAAUUCUUGGGCCACGAAAAUUGGCCAGGGGACGGAACUAAUUUAGUGAGGGGGGAAUUCUUUUUGGUGAGGAGUAGCGGGGAGUGUUUUGGCCUUUGGGGGAUUGAAUUUUGUGGACGGCAGAAAAGAGUAACGGGAGCAAGAAGGGAUCGCGAGCGGCUCGAGCGCAGAGGAGAAUAAAAAUUUCCGAGUGCUACCGAACGCAAGCAGCAGAGCACAGUGCGACUUUCGAGCAGCGAUUGGAGCGGAUAACAGAGCCGAUUGGAGAGAAAAUCAGAAUUUGUGAUUUAUUUCAUAUCAGUAUUUUCUCUCCUUCUCGUUACAAGUUUUAUGAUGAUUAUGAACAUGAUUGUGUGUUUUAUUUUCGUCAUGAACUAAACCCCAAUUGCUGGGGGGAAACACCAUAGGAUGUAGCUAUUUCUAUACUUGAUGGAUUAAUUCGUAUUUCUUUUCCUCCAAUCUCUAUUGCAUGGAAUUGCUUACUGCUUUGUGUUGACUGGCCACCAAUACAUUGAUUUGUUGUUAAUUAGGUUAUUAGCGACAGUGAAACCCUAAUAACUAAACAUAUUUCAUGUGACAUAGUAACUUAUCGAAGCAACAGUGGAUUAAAUAAGAUGUUAUGUGGUCUUGAAUAGGAUAUCGAUCUUCAUGCUAAAUAAUUAAGUCAUUGAGCUACGACAGUAGGAUUUGAUUUAAUUGUUUAGUACGUAGUAAUUCCCGACAGGGAUAGCUAGCACAGUAGUGAUAUCCUGGCUGUAGAGAGUUGGAUAAAAUUGAUUGGAAUAUGUGAAUUAAUUUGGAUAUGAUAGGUAGUGAAUGCCGGUGUUUCUCCCAGAGCUUUCUCCAUUGAAUUUCUCCCGACCAUUUUAAUUUGCUUGUUUUGUUUAAUUAUUUUGUUAUUAGAUAAUAAUUUCAUCAACCAAACCAUUUUCACAUAUAGUUUGCUCCAUAGAAUUGAUAAAUCAUAAGGUUGUACUAGUCCGUGAGAGACGAUACCUGGACUUUCCGGUUUUACUACAAGAUAGGAAUUGAAGUAUCACGCUUUUGCCCUAUCAAGUUUUUGGCGCCGUUACCGGGGACUGCCAUACCUUAUUUUUGUUGAUUUUUGUGAGUGUAUUAUUUUGAUCUGUGUUCUAGUGUGCAGGUGAAUUUCAGGUUUAUCCUCCUUAUGCAUGCCUAGGAGGACGACUGGCGAUUUACUACCACUAGAUCCGGAGAUCGAGAAGACAUGCCGACAGAACAGGAAGCAGGUCAAGUUAGGGAAGCAGCCAACCACAACUACUAGGCCUUCCCUAACCCAGAGAGGGCAGGCUUCAUCACCUGUCGUCCCUACACCACCGACACCGACACCACCACCUCGUGACAUUGAGCCUGUCAUCAUGGCAGACGAGGAUCGUUCAAUUAGGGCUCGUUUGAAUCGACGGACUGGAGCUCGAGCUUCAAGUGUUGUCAUUCCGGCUGGGGAUGCAACCAUGGAGAUUACCCCAGCAUUUAUCAACAUGAUCACCAAUGGAUAUACUUUCUCAGGGGCUAGCACUGAGGAUCCUCAUGAACAUCUCCGCCGGUUCGCGAGCAUAUGUGAUACGAUGAAGAGCCCAACUGUGUCUAAUGAUGCAAUUCGUCUUCGGAUGUUCUCAUUCUCUCUGAUAGGGAAUUCAUCACACUGGUUUCAGAACUUAACACCACGUUCCAUCACGACAUGGGGCUCAGCUUGAAAAGGUCUUUUUGGAUAAAUACUUCCCACAUGCCUUAGCAAUGAAGAGGCAAUAAGAGAUUGUUACUUUUAAGCAGGCUGAUGAUGAGAGUCUGACUGAGACAUGGGAGCGCUAUAAGGGGCUAUUGAUGAGAUGCCCAAGCCAUGGUCUUGAAGAUUGGAACGUGAUCAUUAUUUUCUUCAAUGGAAUCAGAAGGGAGUUUCGGGAUGCCCUAAAUAAUGCUUCUCGAAAUGGUUUCAUAAGGAUGGAGGCUCCACCAGCAUAUGAACUGGUAGAGAAGAUCUAUUCAGAAGCCACUGAAUGGGGUAGUGAGACCAGUAUUUGAAGAAGAGGAGGCUUGCAUGAGAUAAACAGAGUUGCGAGUC